CGAACUAUCGUUACAGUGUGACCAUCUCCGGUCAUCUCUUCCGCCUCUCAGUUCUAGCUCUCCGCUUCUCAACGACGGAGACUCCCUCUCUUCUCAGUUUAAAUUUGCAGCCAACUUUUCUGUGGGUAUGGCUAAGAUUAGUGAGAAAAUAACACAACUAGGGUGGUUUUAUGGAUCUUCUUUGACAAAAACCUUUACAGGGACGUCCGUCAUUCCUGUGUUCAAAACCACCAUUAAUUUAAAGAACCCGCUAUUCCGCUUUCCAAGAACUCAAGUAUUACACCGGCGUUGCAGUUCAAUGUCGAAAACUAAUGGAACUUUAUUGGCAAAUCCACCUCUUGUGGUGCGGGAAACCAUCGAUCUAACGGAUAAAGAGAAGAAGAUAUUCGAUCGUUUGCUUCAAGUUCUCUCUCAUUUUAAUCUCGAAACCCAACUUCGUGUUGCUGGUGGGUGGGUACGUGAUAAGCUUUUAGGGAAGGAGUGUUAUGAUAUCGAUAUUGCUCUUGAUAAUAUGUUGGGAAGAGAGUUUUGUGAAAAGGUAAAUGAGUACUUGAUAUCUGCGGGAGAAGAAACACAGGGAAUUGGCGUUAUCCAAAGCAACCCGGACCAAUCGAAGCAUUUGGAAACAGCGAGGAUGCGUCUCUUUGAUGUUUGGAUUGAUUUUGUGAACUUAAGAUCCGAAGACUACGCUGAAAACAGCAGAAUUCCAACUAUGCAAUUUGGUUCUGCAGAACAGGAUGCGUAUCGAAGGGAUCUGACCAUUAACAGCUUGUUUUAUAACAUUAAUACAUGUUUAGUUGAAGAUUUUACAGGGAGAGGGCUAGAUGAUUUGAAAAGCGGAAAAAUCGUGACCCCUUUACCCCCAAAAGAGACGUUUUUGGAUGAUCCAUUGAGAGUUCUGAGAGCAAUUCGUUUUAGCGCCAGAUUUGAGUUUGAAAUGGUUGAAGAACUGAAGGUUGCAGCUAAAGAAAACGACGUGAAAUCUGCCAUUUCUGAUAAAAUUAGCAGAGAGCGAAUCGGACAUGAGGUUGAUCUUAUGGUAAGUGGGAAUCAGCCGGCUAAAGCCAUGGCUUACAUUUCUGAGCUCGGAUUGCUUUGGGUCGUUUUCACGCCACCCCCAAGUUGCGAACCACCAAUCUCAAAAGAACUUGAUGGGGUUUGUGUCGGAUAUAUGGAUGCGGCAUGGAGACUAAUGAACGAAAUAGGACGUAUUCUCAGUGACGAACAAAGAAGGCUCUAUUUGUAUGCAUCUUUGUUUCUUCCACUUAGAAAGACUGUUUAUAAAGAUACCAAAAAGAAGAUUUUACCCGUUUCGAACCACAUCUUUAGAAACUCGCUAAAACUGAAAGCAAGCGAUGCUGAUGACGUCAUGAGGCUGCACAACGCAGUCGAGAAAUUCUUAAUUUUGAUCCCUUUUGUGUUGUCAAAUGAAGAAGAUAUGCAAAUUUCUGAAAUCAAUUGGGAAACAGAUAUGAUUGAUGUUCCUGUGAAUCUGAAACCAAGAAUCUUGUUGGGUUUGCUUCUAAGGGAAAUCAAAGAUUUCUGGAAGGUUGCUUUGAUGAUCUCCACUCUUUUAUACAAGAAAUCUUCUGGUGAGCAAGAAAUCUUGAAACUAGAGGAGAAUAGGGAUUUGUUCAUGGAGGUUGAGCAAAAAAUCUUGAAAUUAGACCUGGAGAAGAUCUGGGAAAUGAAACCUUUGAUUAAUGGGAAGGAGAUAAUGAGGCUUUUGGAGCUUGAAAAAGGAGGUCCGGUUGUUAGUGAAUGGCAGCGGAAACUGGUACAGUGGCAGCUCGCGUAUCCUUCGGGUGGUGCGGAGGAAAGCGUUGAUUGGAUGAUGAGGGAAACGCGGUUGAAGCGCACUAGAACGUAAGAGACCAGAAGACCAUUUGUAGCUGUUUUCUGCUGGUGAGUAGAUUGAUGGUUAUACAGGCUUAUUUAGAAUCAAUUUUCACCAUCUAAAAAUGCAUAGAAUCAUAGAUUGUUUUACUCUCUUUGGGUCAUGUAUGUUUUUGAGUAUGGUUUUCUUGAAAAUUUUGGAUGGAAUUGAAGGUUAUUAUGGAAUGGUUUGUGUAGGUUGGCGAAUAUGACAUGGGAAUGUAGAUCAAAGAUGAUAACUAAGGGUUGUUUUAUUGGUUUUCCAUAAGUCCGGUAUGGAUAAAACUUUCUGUA